UUUCAAUGUCAGAGCUUCUGGAAGCAGCCAAUGAACUUUCAAAAAUGACCAUAGCACAUGAAAUGGUAGUAAACCAUGACUUCAGGUUGCAAGAGGUGAACUUACCAAACAGUUUGGAAAGCAGAGUGAAGGAGGCAAUGCACAAAGCUUUUUGGGACAGCCUGAAAGAACAGCUCUCCAAAACACCACCAGACUAUUCCCAUGCUAUCAGACUAAUCCAAGAAAUUAAAGAGAACCUGCUAUCCCUGAUCCUGCCCCGGCAGACCCGACUACGGAAUCAGAUAGAAGAAGCUCUAGACAUGGAACUGAUAAAGCAAGAGGCUGAGCAUGGGGCUUUGGACAUUCCCAGCCUUACCACAUAUAUCUUGGGAAUGAUGGCAAUGCUUUGUGCACCUAUCAGAGAUGAGGAAAUACAGAGACUACGAAGCAUAUCAGACCCUGUACAUCUGCUCAGAGAGAUUUUUCGGAUUCUGGACCUAAUGAAAUUGGACAUGGUAAAUUUUACCAUUCAAGCCCUCCGACCUUAUCUCCAACAGCACUCUGUCCAGUAUGAGAGGAAAAAAUUCCAGGAGCUCAUGAACAAACUACCAAGCAACUUGGCUCAUACAACUGAGUGGCUGCGCACAGCAGCAGCUAAAGUAUCAAGUUCUGAUUUGCUACCAUCUUCAUCCAACUCUGAGACCAGUGGAUCAUCAGUUCCACCACGUGAAGUGGCUGCUGGAGAAGUUUCAAUCUGUAGUCCUACUGCUGUAUUAAACCAAGCAUACAUGGACUUGCUGCAUUGGGAGCCAGGAAAAGACUAUCCUGAAACUAUGUUGAUGGACAAAGAGCGUUUACGAACCCUUCAGAUGCAAGUGAAUCAACUGGCCAUUAUUGCAGCAGUCGUACUAGUGAGCAGCAACAUAUGUGGAAAUGUGAUGUCCAAUUCACCGGGUUGUGUAGAUAGACUGAAAUGGGUAACAAAAGCCCUCAUAGAAGGGCUUCCCAACACAAGGUUAGAAGACGCCUUACUGGACAUCGGCAAUCAAAUACAUCAGGAGGUAAAUAACAUUCUGUGCCAACUGGGGUACCCUGCUCUCAGCAACGACAAGGCUGCUUCGCUAAAAGGCCAGAUCGGGAGCAUUGCAGAUAAGGACAAUGCAGUACGAAUGGUAAUUGAGCAACGGAUUCAAACUUUUCUAGGCCACUGUGUGUCUCCUGGUGGCCAGAACACUAAGAAUCUCCCCCAAGGCCUUGCUCCUGUACAGGAAGAACUGCUGGAAGUUGGCCAAAGGUUUGGUAGUUUGACUGCCCACAACAGACAGGUGUUUGGUCCCUACUACUCAGAAAUACUGAAGAAUUUUCUGCUUCCAGAGGGGAAGAAUGGAGGAAGGACAGAUUCCUAA